CCAACUAAUUAAACCGCAAAGAUCGGAAUCUUAAAUGUGCGUGUGUGUGAUUACACUUGGCUCUUUGGCUCAUUAAAAGUGCAAAUUGUUUACGAGAAUUUUUUGCCAGCCUCUCCAAAGGGCUCCGGGCACUUGGGUGAGCGUGAUCUCCCUGGCGGCGGUUGAUCUGGAAAGCCGCCUGGAUGCGGUUCUGCUUCGAUCGGCUGUGCUUCGCAACUAAGCGGCCAGCCACCAACAACACCAAUACCAACAGUAGCUCCAAUGCACAAAACCACAAUCAUAGCACCACAGAUGCACCACCCACCACCCAAUUAGCAGCAGAACCAGCAGCACCAUCACCACCACCAGUCAGUAAUCUUUUCUAUGCCGAGUACCAGAAACUGCAGCCGGCGAUAAUCGAUCGGGACUGGGAUCGGGGCAGAGACACAAAGACCGAGGCCAAGCCGCCGGACAUAGACGUGGUGGGACAACAACCGCCGGAGAGCAUCACCGUACAACAACAGAUACAGGGACAGACAGAGGCAGUGACGGAGCAGCAGAUACAGCAGCCACAGAUACAGAUACAUCGCUAUCGCCGGCAUAGCAGUGCCGAAGAUCAGAAACCGACGAGGGCCGAUUCGAGCACGGAGGCGAUACGAAAAGCGGCCAGCAUGCAGCAGGAGCCGAACGCCAACUAUCAGUUCCCAACGGACUUGGGUCUGGUGAGCAUCGUCAAUAAUAAUAAUAAUACUACCCGGAAUCGGAUUGGUGGCGGGGGUAAUCCCAACAACAACAACAACAGCAGUAGCAACAAUAACAACAGUCUGGUGGGUGGCAUUGUGACCUUGCCAGCAACGGGUGGCCUUAUCGGAUUAGAGCACACGGCAUCGGGUCUGAGGCUGAUACCAGCACCGCCACCCCACUCGGAUGUGCUGACGCACACCCUAAUCUAUGGAACACCGCCCUCGGGCGCCCCUCAGCUGCACCAGGAUCCUCGUAGCCUGCUCCAUCAGCAGGAGCUGCAGCUGCAGCAGCGCUACCAGCAACUCCAGCAGUUGCAGGCCCAGACCCAGGGCCUGUACACCGCCCAGGGCAGUCCGGUGCUCUACCACCAGCAGAGUCCCGGUUCCAGUCAGCCGGUGGCCAUACCCGGGGCAGCCAGCUGCAACUCCCCCACCCAACUGCAGCCGCCCAACACCCUCAACCUCCAGCAGCAGAUGCAGGGAUUGCGGAUUUCGGGGUGCACGCCCAGCGGAUCGGCCGGCUCCGCCACACCCUCGCCGGUGGGACUUGUGGAUCCCACACACCCCAUGAUGAGCAACUACGUGGCGGCCACUCCGCAGGAGGAGCGCUUCAUCCAGAUCAUCCAGGCCAAGGAGCUCAAGAUCCAGGAGAUGCAGCGCGCCCUCCAGUUCAAGGACAACGAGAUAGCCGAGCUCAAGUCCCACCUGGACAAGUUCCAGAGCGUCUUCCCCUUCAGCCGGAGCAGUGCGGCGGGCUGUGCCGGCACGGGCGGCGGAGCGGGGGCGGGCGGCAGCGGCAGCGGGCCCAGCACCGCCACAGGUGCCACCCGCAAGUCCGGCCAGACCUUCCAGCGCCAGAGGGCCCAGGGUAUCUCGGCGGAGCCCCAAAGCGAGUCCUCCGUUCUGCUCGAGCACGUCAGUUUUCCAAAAUAUGACAAGGAUGAACGCUCCCGGGAACUCAUCAAGUCUGCCAUUUUGGAUAAUGAUUUCAUGAAGAACCUGGAUCUCACCCAGAUCCGGGAAAUCGUCGACUGCAUGUAUCCUGUCAAGUAUCCAGCCAAGAAUCUGAUCAUCAAGGAGGGCGAUGUGGGCAGCAUUGUCUAUGUUAUGGAAGAUGGCCGCGUUGAAGUCUCCCGCGAGGGCAAGUACCUCUCAACCCUGUCGGGGGCCAAGGUCCUGGGCGAACUGGCCAUCCUGUACAACUGCCAGAGGACGGCCACCAUCACCGCCAUCACCGAGUGCAACCUGUGGGCCAUUGAACGCCAGUGCUUCCAGACCAUCAUGAUGCGAACGGGUCUGAUCCGGCAGGCGGAGUACACGGACUUCCUCAAGAGUGUUCCCAUCUUCAAAGACCUGGCGGAUGACACGCUCAUUAAGAUCUCCGAUGUGUUGGAGGAGACCCACUACCAGCGAGGCGAUUAUAUAGUUCGCCAGGGUGCCCGGGGUGAUACCUUCUUCAUUAUUUCGAAGGGCAAGGUGCGGGUGACGAUCAAGCAGCAGGACACCCAGGAGGAGAAGUUCAUACGGAUGCUGGGCAAGGGUGAUUUCUUCGGCGAGAAGGCUCUUCAGGGCGAUGAUCUCCGGACGGCCAACAUUAUUUGCGAGUCCCCCGAAGGCGUCAGUUGUCUGGUCAUUGAUCGCGAGACCUUCAAUCAGUUGAUUUCGAAUCUGGACGAGAUCAAGCAUCGCUACGACGACGAGGGAGCCAUGGAGCGCAGAAAGAUCAACGAGGAGUUCCGGGACAUCAACCUCACGGAUCUCCGUGUCAUUGCCACCCUGGGAGUCGGUGGCUUUGGCCGUGUGGAGCUGGUCCAAACCAAUGGCGACAGUUCCCGGUCAUUCGCCUUGAAACAAAUGAAAAAGUCACAGAUUGUGGAGACAAGGCAGCAGCAGCACAUCAUGUCCGAAAAGGAGAUCAUGGGCGAGGCCAACUGCCAGUUCAUUGUGAAGCUGUUCAAGACCUUCAAGGACAAGAAGUACCUGUACAUGCUGAUGGAGAGCUGUUUGGGCGGCGAGCUCUGGACAAUUCUGCGGGACAAGGGCAACUUUGAUGACAGCACUACCCGCUUUUACACGGCCUGUGUGGUGGAGGCCUUUGAUUACCUCCACUCCCGGAACAUCAUCUACCGGGAUCUGAAGCCGGAGAAUCUGCUGCUCAACGAGCGGGGCUAUGUCAAGUUGGUGGACUUUGGUUUCGCCAAGAAACUGCAGACGGGCAGGAAGACCUGGACCUUCUGCGGCACUCCGGAGUACGUGGCCCCGGAGGUGAUCCUCAAUCGGGGGCACGACAUCAGUGCGGACUACUGGUCCCUGGGAGUGCUAAUGUUUGAGCUGUUAACAGGAACCCCUCCAUUUACCGGCUCAGAUCCCAUGCGUACCUACAACAUUAUACUUAAGGGCAUCGAUGCCAUCGAGUUCCCCCGGAACAUCACCCGGAACGCCAGCAAUCUUAUCAAGAAACUCUGCCGCGAUAAUCCAGCAGAGCGCUUGGGCUACCAGCGUGGGGGAAUCAGUGAGAUACAGAAGCACAAAUGGUUCGAUGGCUUCUACUGGUGGGGCCUGCAGAACUGCACUCUGGAGCCGCCCAUCAAGCCCACAGUCAAGAGUGUGGUGGACACCACGAACUUCGAUGACUAUCCGCCCGAUCCAGAGGGACCGCCACCGGAUGAUGUCACUGGAUGGGAUAAGGACUUCUAGGGAAGGAAUAUAUUCUAAGGAAUAAGAAGGAUUCGUUUCCAAGACGAUGCUCUCUAAAGAACGCUUCUGCUGCGGAUCAGAGAAACAAGCUAAUGAGGAGAUAUUGAUCUUAAGUGCGCCAUAAGUACGCCAAAGCCAACAGCAACAGUCAGCAGCUCGCAUCUGAAAGCUGCCAAAAAAACAAAAUAAUUAAAAAAUAGAAGGGAUAUGCAAGGAGUACCAGAGUACCAGCACAACACAAUCAUCCAUCGUCUUAGAUCUAAUUGGUAUCUUGUAGAUGCAUCUCCGUGAUGAUAGCCCCAUGAUGUGCAACGCAAUGAAUUUAUUAACGAGUUUAUAACUAUUAUUUUGUAGCAAGAGAAUGUGUCUAGUUCGUUUGGAAUUGAUAUAAAUUGUAAGUAGGUUUUUUUAGACUCUGUCUUCCCUGUUCAGAGGCCUGUUAGCCAUGUGCAUUGUGUAUAAAUUCUAUAUAUUUGUAUCUAUUACUAGUAACCUAACUAUUAUAUAUAAAUAUCAUUGUUAAUCUAUCGGAUGACGCACAAAAUACGAAACUUAUGAAUCGGGUUGCCUUAUAUAGUCUUUAAGAACAUUUCGAAGCAACACCUGACCAUACAUAC